CCAACAACGAACAUAUUUUCCAUACGGCCUUCGACACCUCGACACAGUAAACGCACAACCGGUCAAAAAUGUCAGGACUGGAAGUGAUCAGCAGCACGGCUGCUAUCUCUCAGCUGCUCGGUCAAGCGAUCACCAUCGUUCAAAAGAUACAGGAUGCAAGAGCAAAAGUGCACGGCGCGUCAGCUCGCCUUGUUGGUUACCAAAGCCAGCUGGACAACUUACUCAGUACACUGCAACUUGUGCAAGAUGAACUCGAGCUACAGACACCUUCAAUUGAGAAGCAGAUUCGGGGAAUAAUCAUUCUGGGAAAGAAGCUCCAACGCCAGCUUGAUGCCUUUGCUGCCCAGCUGGCAAAAAGUAGAACCAAACAGUACAUGCAUACAUUCAUCAGCGGUGAUAGAGACGAGAAGGAACUUGAGAACGCCAUGACUCGACUAGACCGAGCGAAAGCAGAUCUUGCCGCGGUGAUCGUCACAACGCACGUCGGACUGAGCGGGUCCAUGCGCGCCGGCUUCACAGCCGCUCUAGCAGUAGUCCAACGAGUUGACCGAAACGUGCAAAGAGUUUUAGGCGAGAGUCUUUCCAUUGCCACUCAGCUUGAAGGACGACGCUUGGACGAAGAAGGUAAUGGCACAGUACCUCUUACAGCUGACGAUGUAAGAGCGCUGAAUCUCGUGGACAAAGUGUCGUGGAUCGACAACGAGGCGUUCGAUGAAGCGGAUAUGUUCAACACAGAUCUCGUCGAGCGGCAGAUCCAUGCGCCUACGGAAAGGCUAUACCAGGGCAACAAGGCGCACGGGAGGAGUACGGUCCUUCAGGGUAAUGCGGACGCGAAAGGGAUAGCGGCAAUUCUGCAAGCGAAGAGGAGAUGACAGAGUCAAUAGCGAUACUGUUUUACUGCGCGCACAGAUUGCCGGCACUUGUUGCGACAAGAUUUUGUUUGCGGUAUCGGGUGGUCCGUACAGUGUCUGACUAUACCCCUGACCACAACCCUGGACUAGUGUGUCACAGGUCAGGUAUAUAGUCGUCUCCUCCUAGCUAGAUUACAAUCCAGCGCAGUAUUCCAUUGA